GCCAGUUUCAAAGUUCAUCUCUCGGUAUCCACUUCGAUUCGCAUAUACGAGUAAUUGUGCUUUGUUUUUCCGGGCAAAUGUGAUUUUUUUUUGACCAAACACGAACGCUAAUAGCAUAACAGGGUAUAAAAGAGUUGCAAAAUCAUCCAAUCAAAAGUUCGCUUAGUUAUGACGUCACGACAUCUCCAACCUGAUGAAUUUCCGCGCGAGUAAACGGGCGUAACAGGCGAUAGUAGAGAACAGAAGCCGGACUUUUCUAUCGCACGCUUCUUUCACGAGUGAACGUUACUUUUUUGGUUUUUCGUUCGAGAGUAUAUUGCGAUUUUUAUCGUGAGUUUCAAUACAAAAAUGAAUCCUUACGAGUUCAACAGCGACAUUUCCUAAAAACAUCAAUGGAUUCGGUAGAUUCUACCCGUCGUUCGAGAAGCAACUUCAGCCCCAAGAUGCUGAGUCCAAAAAUGCAACGUUCAAUUCGUGUCAACGACAGUCAGCUAGUCAUGCUGUCGGAAAGGGCUCACUUCGACCAUUCUCGAGCCGGAUACCUUCACAAAAGAACUGCGGAUAGUAAUAAGUGGCAGCUAAGGUGGUUCGUUUUGUACCAGAAUUUGCUGUUUUAUUACGAUUCGGAAGCUUGUAAUCGACCGUCUGGAGUUGUAUUUUUGGAAGGAUGUUAUUGCGAGAGAAUCAUUACCACUACUGGUUGUACCAAAAAGGACUUGCACGAUAAACAGCUUUGCUUCGCAAUAUCAUAUAGAAGAGAGAAUCAAAGGCAGUACGAAUUAAGAGCUAGUAAUGAAGCUGAUUGUCAACAUUGGGUUGAAGCAAUACGAGAUGCAAGCUUUAACAAAUUGCUUUUGCAAAAGGAAGAAUUAGAGCAAAAACAUUUACAUCUUUUGCAAAUCGUUGAAAGCGAGAAGACGGCGAAAUGGCAGUACACGCAACAAUGCGAAGACUUGGCAGUCGAAAUCAAGAAACUCAGAUCCGAGCUAUACACGAUGAAAAAAGAAUGGAAACCGACGGCUGCUUCGUCUUGUAGCAACAUUAGCACUACAUCGGGCUACGAAGGUAGUCAACAGUUCCCCGCCAAUGUAGCUUCUUCCAGCGAUUCACCGGUCAUAGAUGCCGUUCAAUUGCAAAAAAUCAAAAAAGUUCAAAGUUUCUUUCGCGGAUGGCUGUGCCGUAGGCGGUGGAAACAAAUCGUCGAGCAAUAUAUUAAAAGUCCUCAUGCCGAAAGCAUGAGAAAAAGGAACUGUUUAGUCUUCCGUAUGGUAGAAGAAGAAGAAGAGUAUUUGAAGCAGUUGGAUAUCAUAGUAUCGUGUUUUCUUAGACCGCUCAGAAUGGCUGCGUGUUCCCAAAAACCGCCUUGCACACAUGAAGAUAUUAAUUCGAUAUUCUUAAACGUUGAAACUAUUUUAUUCCUUCAUCAGAUAUUCUACAAAGGGUUAUCAUCCAGAAUGGAAUCUUGGCCUACAUUAAUUUUAGGCGACUUGUUCAACAUGCUGAUUCCAAUGCUGAGCAUUUAUCAAGAAUACGUUCGUAAUCACCAUUACAGCGUGCAAGUAUUAACCGAAUGCAAACAAUCAGCAGCAUUUUCAACUAUUCUGGAUAAAUUAGAAAAUAAACCGGCUUGCCAUUCGUGCCAAUUAGAUACAUUCUUGAUGACCCCGAUGCAUCAGAUACCGAGGUACAUCGUUACGUUACACGAACUUUUAGCACAUACGCCUCACGAUCAUGUCGAUCGUAAAAGCCUAAUGGAAGCGUGUCAAAAGCUCGAAGACUUAUCAAGACAGAUUAAAGAUGAGGUGAGCGAGACGGAAAACUUGCGAAAAAAUUUAGCCAUUGAAAGAAUGAUCGUCUCCGGAUGCGAUAUAUUAUUGGAUGUUAAUCAAGUUUAUGUUCGCGAAGGUCGAUUGGUUCACUAUUUUCCGGAUCGUUCUAUCGCUACGAGGGUUCGUUGGUCGUUGUCAAAAACACCUGAAAAAAUUGCUGUACGAUACUGUUACCUUUUUUCCAAUCAUCUUAUUUUAACUACCAGAGAUCCGAACGGAAAGUUACAUUUGGUUCAAGAUAUCGGUCGGAUACCUUUGGUCAGCACUAAACUAAUCGAAGAUCCUAGUGAUAAUCAUACGGACGAAGAUGGAAUGUCGGUGUGUACGCACAGUCAAGCGGCCAGCAGCAAUAUUCACAGAAAAGGAAGCCAAAGUAAUAUUUGCGAAUCGCAAUCGCUCCAGUCGUUAAUUACGUGCCCUCAACAUCAUGAUUUUAAACUCGUGAUCGAGAAAAAAGGCGCUCAACCUGAGACGGUUCAUUUGUACGCGUUAACAAUGCAAGAAAAAGCUGCCUGGAUUAGCGAUAUUAGCCAGUGUUUAGAUAAUGUAAGAUUUAGCGAUUUCGUCCAAGGAGGAGAUGCAUCGAUGGUUACCAUGCCUCAUUGUGUUAGAAAUGAUCCUAAACUCUUCCAAGACGAUGUUGAUAUUAGAUUUAGUAGAACGUUGAACUCAUGCAAGGUAUGUCAGGUGCCAAAAAUUCGCUACGCUACUCCAGAACGUCUUCUAGAACGAUUAACAGACCUUCGAUUCUUAUCUAUUGAUUUUUUGAACACGUUUUUACUCACGUACAAAGUAUUCACCGAUGGGGUUACUGUUUUGGAAGCUUUAAAGAAGGUAUACUACGAUGCAGAGCCACCAGAAGCGCAAACUACCUACCAAGGUUUACCGGAUUCAUCGAUGGAUUCUUUUUACGGCAGAUUUACUGAUUUUCAAUCGAACCAGGAGUUAUUAUCGGCUCAUCUAGCAGAAUUAGAGCAUAGAGGAUGUUUAAUGUCUCCGAGACGUAUUAGUGCUAGCUCGAUGUCUGGUGCAGGAUACGAUUCAGAGACCAGUGAACGAGAAAGAAGUUCUAGUUACGAUUCGCAAGGAUAUAAACCGUUUUGGAGAUUUAGCAGUUUUAAGAAAGUGGAUGAAGAAUUAUUAUGUCAAAUCAAAGAAAUAACGGUCACUUCGAAAGAAGAAGAUUCUGCCGAAGCUGAAGAAGAUGCAGAACCUAAACGAAGAGUGAGCAUCAGAGUAGAAGAACCGAAAGGAAGUAAAUUAGAUAUACCGCCGAACACUUUGAGCGAAUCCUCAAGCAGUGAAACACUAAUGGCUGCCAGCGCUCCGUCAUCUCCUGGUAAUUUGAGUAGUACGACAUUGGUGGCUUUAUCGACUGAUCAAGGUACAGGAGAGUCAUCAAAUGUCGAAGGAGUAGAAAAAACACCGGAAAAAUCAGCCGAAAAGUUGACGGAAAAAUUAGUCGAGAAAUCGUUGGAAAAAGCUGCAGAGAAAUCGGUCGAAGAACAAACGCCCACGAGAAGUUCAACUCCUUCGAGAUCUACGGAUCAUAUACCAUCGAUUGGCGAAUCUAUUUCAGCUACUUCGUCUCCUAUUCAUAUGUCAAGAGGUAGCUUCAGUCAACAAAUACCAUUGGGUCGUCGUACUUCUCAUAUGAGUGAUACCGGUUCAACUAGCGGUACCAGCGGUUUAACUAAAAGAAGAAGCAUAGUUACCAGCGAAUCUCAAGAUGAAGGAUUCCCAGAUGAUAUUAGUUGUACGUCGUCUAAACAUUCCUCCAUCGCGUACCCAAUAUCAUUUCAAAAUUUCUUCAAACAACGAAAAUCUCAAGCCGGAAUGAGCGAAGAUGAAAGUGGACCCGAUAGUUCUCGUACAGCAUCUCAAAGAUCCAGUGUACAGCAUGACAGAAGUCGUAAACCAGCCAGUAAAGCAGGAGUUGUGAUCACUUCAUCGAGACAGUCCAAAAGAAGGAGUAGCACAUCAGCGACGGCUGCAGCCUUUGCAAUCGCAACAUCAGCGUCGAGCAACCCUCGAGAUAUUUCUCCUCAGCGUGCUGAAGAGACUCAAGACCUAGCUACAUCGCGAGUUAGCAGUUUCAGAGAGAAAUACAAACGAAAAGAUUCCAUUUUAUCAACAGCUGCCACGAUGAGAGUAUUAAAUGUGCUUAAACAUUGGGUUUCCAAGCAUUCGCAAGAUUUCGAUGAAAAUGAAGAAUUAAAAACGAUGACAAUCAAUUUCCUUAACGAGAUAAUCGCCGCUCCGAAUCUACUCCAGGCUGAGCAGAAAGUAGCCAAUCAGUUGUUGAAUUUAUUGAACGAGCAUAAAGAUAAGAUGAACGAAGAGCAAAUCGAACUGAAUUUAUUGUUUACUACUCCAUCGCCUACUGCUUUAUUGCAGAGUCCGAAUACUCAAGGUAUUGAGAAAUUCUCAGCUCUGGAAAUUGCCGAAGAGAUGACUUACAUCGAUCAUAAAAUAUUUAUAUCCAUAAGAAGCCAGGAAUUCUUAGCCAACGCUUGGAUGAAAGAAGACAAAGCUGUACGAGCACCGCAUAUAAUCCUAAUGACUAAACGUUUCAACGAAGGAUCUCAACUCGUCGCUUCCGAGAUAAUUCGAAGAACAAACAUGUCAGCCCGAGUGAACGCUAUAGAAAAAUGGACCGCUGUUGCAGAUAUCGCCCGAUGUCUUCGAAACUACAACGGAGUACUCCAGAUUUGCGCCGCUUUCACCACCAGCCCAGUUUACCGACUGAAAAAAACCUGGGAGAAGGUUUCCAAAUCUACGAGAUCGACUAUCAAAAAGCUACAAUUGACUGUAUCGUCGGAUGGCAGAUUUCGUAACUUGAGAGAUACCUUGAGACGAUCGGAACCGCCUUGUAUUCCGUAUUUGGGAAUGUAUUUGUCUGAUUUAUCGUUUAUUGAAGAAGGAACGCCUAAUUUUACCGAAGAUGGGUUGUUGAAUUUUUCAAAAAUGCGAAUGAUCGCUCACGUGAUUCGAGAAGUUCGAUGUUACCAAGAUACCCGCUACAGUAUCGAACACAAUCCAAAAGUCAGUAGUUACCUGUUGAAUAAAUCGUUACUUCUGGACGACGAAGAACUAUACCGUAGAUCGUUAGAAUUAGAACCUCGUACUAGUCGACUCAGCAUCACUCCUUUAUCCAGCGUACCGCAAAAUCUUUCAUCUCAAGGUUCCUGAAAAUACAAGAAAAAUUGACGCGUUGCCGUAUUCGCGUCACUAAUCGAUACAGUCUAUUCUCUAAUUCAUCUUCAUUCCAUUUUUAUUAUUGUAUCAUACUACCUACCUACGAAUUUUUAUUACUUGGCGGAUGCGUUCCAUUCGUUAUUUUUUUCCCUCCCCAUCACGUGCUUCUUAGUUAUUAAUUUUAAUUUCCAUUCAGCGUAUUUGUUUUCAUCGCAUAGCUGAAAUACUUUCAAUUUUUUUCCUUUUUUUUCUACUACGUUUUAAUGUGCUCGAAUUAUAAGUAUUCUCCUUUUUUCCCCUUUUACCUUUUUUUUUUUUAUUAUUAAUAAUUUCUUCUUUUCAUUCUUUCGACGAUAUCGUGUCUUUUGCUCGCCAAUGUGUGUGUGUAUUUUUCUAGUCCGUUAUCAGGUUCCUUAUUUUUUUUUACAUAAGUCAAUUGCUAGUCGUUGUUUUUUUUUCGGUCAUAAUAAGCCAUAUCAUUCUUGGUCAUGUGGGAGCAUCCGAGCUCAUAUUUUUGUCUUCCUUUUAUUGGAAUAAAUCAUAUCCUAUAUAAAUGACGAUUGUAACAAUUGGCACGAUAUCGAGAUCUUCUAUGUAAAUAUGUUUCUACUUCUUUAUUGAGAGAAAAAAAAAAUCAUCAAUGCAUUUAAAAAAUACUACAACGUUGAACGUAUGGUAAUUUAUAUCCUAUGUACUUGUAUUAUCAGAUUUUGUGUAUAUUCGAGUUGCAAAUAGGCCUAAGUAUAAUUAAUGUGUAUUUGUGUAACGUAAUUAUAGCUGUGAUAUUUUAGAGUACAAAUUAUUACGGAAUAUUUGCGGGGUAGUGUUACCAAAAAAAAAAAAAAAAAAGGACAUGUACUAUUAAUGUAAGUACGUCGGUAAGAUUUUUUUUAAAAAGCUGUUCUAUUGUAUGGUUAUUGGUUACCUUGUUUCGUGUGUUUGGAUUUAGUUACCGUCAAGAUCUCAAUAGGCGGAUGAAGGGUGAGAUUUUUGUCAUCACAGUCCAGGGAUAGCCUUUCUACCGGAUAAAACUUGUAUGAUUUUAAUGGUUGCAAAAAAAAUGAUCUCAAAAAAUGUUGUUCUAAUUGUGUGUCAUGUGUGUUCGUUCGUUCAUUAGCUUUCAUUUGUAUUUAGUCUGAUUAUUGUCGCCGGUGAAUGCAUCGAUUCUAGUUCAAUGGUUUCGAAUCACCUAGAAUUUGGUUUAGGAAUAUUCACAUAGAGGGAAUUUAUUACCAAGAGGAAGAAAUCGAGUUAAAUUGUGUUCAGAAGUAAUUAAGGUCGAAGUUAGGUUUCGGAAUAAUUGAUUUACAUAUAAUAUGAAUAAUUCAUAUUUACCUACAAAAGUGAUAAAGAAUCGUACAGUGUACUACGAUAGAGAAAAAAAUCAUCGAAAUUCUUUCAUUCAAUUUCUUUUCUAUGUAGUUAGGUAUAUAUUCUUAUACUUAGGUAUCUUGUAAACCAUGUAAACUUUAUGUUUAUAUUACCUACCUACCUACCUACCUACCUAUUUCUAAUGAAAAUCAAAAAAAAAAAGAAAAAAAAAUACCUACUAAAUCGUGGUCAGUUUUUGUCAUGUGUAAAUAAAAUUUAAAUGUUUCAAACUAUAUAAAAAAUUUAAAAAGGUAAAAAACUUUCCAAAUGGUUGUGAUACUAUUUUAUGCGUUGAGUAAGUUGACAAUUGUUCAUUUUAAAGAAAAUGUUUUUUUCUUCAUUUUUUUUUGUCGUCUAAUCUACGUAAGUACAUGUUGCGUUGUUUAUGUGUAAAAGUAUAUUCGUUCUAUACGAUGUAUAUGGUAACAUUGAAUUUACAAACAAUCAAUUUUUUUUCCAAGCUUCCUCUAUUGCAAUUUUUUUUGUUUAUAAAUUAAGUUUUAAAUAUUUUGUUGUUCCUUUUUAUCAUCAUUUUUUUUCAAUUUAAUUUUUUUUUUUGAAACAUAUCUUUACGUGUUUAAAUUUACCUACAGCUUCCCCCUUACCCUUUUCAAAGUAGCACUGGAUAUAUUAUUACAGUUGAAGAAAAAUUACUUUUACCUACCUAUCAAUAAUAUUUUUAAAAAAACCAUACCUACCCGAUUUUAUUGACAUUGAUGUUACCAGAAGGUAUAAUUUCAUUACCUAUAAAAAUAUUUGCUGUGUAUACAUUAGAUGUUUGUUUUUAUUUGUUAAUUUGUGUGCAUUGGUAAAUAUAUGUUUUAUUGAAAUUCGAA